GGUUAAGACUUGUUCAUUGCACUUUAUGCUACGGUGUCGUGUGAGCACGGUGCCGGUCGUUAAUUGAGCGCUUGUCAUGCUAGCACCGGUAGCAGUCGGAGCUGGGGUUACGUAUUGAAAUUACCGCCCAUGAUUCGACCUUCGUCCAAAUUUUCCUUACAUAAACUACGAAUUUCAUAUUGUACGCCUCAUUUUGGGAAUACAGCAUCCUACGUCUUUGUCUUUUCUGGACCCGUUGCAUCACCGAUGCAGGUAAGAUGGGUAAAGGGAGCAACCGUACACGGACCAAAGCAGAAGAGACACAGGCAUCCAACUUGAAAAUCAUAUCUUGGGAUGAAGUGAACAAACACAAUGGCAGAGAUAAGGAAGACCCAAGCAAGUGGCUGGUGAUUGAUGGUCUGGUGUAUGAUGUGACAGAGUGGUCUAGAAAGCACCCAGGAGGCUCCAGGCUUUUGACACACUAUGCUGGCCAAGAUGCUUCAGAACCAUUCACUGCCUUCCAUCCCAACAAGGAAAAAGUUCAGAAGUACCUAAAGGCACUGAAGGUUGUGGGCAAGACACAGCAAAGAGAGGAACGGAGGGACAUUGAAGAGGAUUUCAAAAAUUUGAGAAGCACAGCUACAAAAAUGGGCCUGUUUGAAGCCAACUACUUUUUCUUCUUCCUUAUGACAGUACAGGUCAUUUUCUUUGACCUCUUUGCAUACUUUAACAUGUGUUACUUUGGGGCUGGCUGGGGGACCUUCAUUGCAGCUGCACUUCUGACUUCAACUGCACAGGUUCAAGCGGGAUGGUUUCAGCAUGACCUGGGCCAUCUGUCUGUCUUCAAGACUGGGAAGUGGAAUCGUGCCUCCCAUGCAUUAAUUAUGGGACUUCUGAAGGGUGCCUCAAAAAACUGGUGGAAUCACAUGCACUACCAGCACCAUGCAAAACCAAAUGUGAUGAAUAAGGAUCCUGAUGUAAGACUGGAAGCCCUCUUUGUGGUUGGUGAAAACAUGCCCAAGAAAGUUGCCAAGAAAGAUGCUGCAAAGGGAAAGGCUACCAUGCCUUACAACCAUCAGCAUAAGUACUUCUUUAUCAUUGGCCCACCUCUUCUGUUUCCAGUCUACUUCCAGUUCAUGACAUUUUACUACUGUUUUACCCGCAAGGAGUGGGUGGAUCUAUUUCUUAUGGUCACGUACUACGUCCGGUUUGCUCUGUUCUAUGUGCCCUUGCUUGGUGUCUGGAAGACUCUGCUGCUGUUUGAAACUAUGAGAGUGUUGGAGAGCAUAUGGUUUACCUGGGUAGCCCAAUCUAACCACAUACCCAUGACUAUCGAGGAAGAUCAGGAGAAGCCAUGGCUGGAACUGCAGCUGGGUGCCACAUGUAACAUCCACAAGUCCUGGUUCAAUGACUGGUUCACAGGACACCUCAAUUUCCAGAUUGAACACCACCUUUUUCCCACCAUGCCACGUCACAACCUUCACCGUAUUGCUCCACUGGCGCAAGCACUCUGUAAGAAACAUGGCGUUGAGUACAAACUGAAAGGCCUUGGAUCAGCCUUUGUAGACAUCGUGUCGUCCCUGGAAAAGUCUGGCAAGAUCUGGUUUGAUGCCUACUACAGCCUUAGACAUGAACUCUGAGUUGAAAUGUCAUGGCUCCAUACAUUCAGUAGUAGAUGCAUGCUACACUCAUGUGGAAGAGCAUUAGUUCAGUUCAAAUGUAGCUGCGAUAACCAGUCUGUAUAUUCAACGUGUAAUCGCAAGCUUUUUAUUCCAGACCCCAAGUACACGUAGCUGUCAAAGAUAUAACAUGAUAAUAAUUUGUGAAAAGUCUGCUGGACAAACAGUAAGACCCAAUGUAGCAAUGUCUUUCACCAUCAGAUUUUCGCUUCCUGAAAGCAAUGUAAGGUGCAUUACUCAUAGCAAUUAACACUGUUUAUGCAGUGGACGUGCUUCAAGGUGAAAUCUAUACACAGAUAUAUCAGAAAAAUGUUGUAUCGCUGUUUACUGAUGCCUAUGAUGAAAAAUAAGAUUGAAACCAUUUACAGUUUGGAUGUAAGGUUACAAUACUUAAUAUGAUGGUGUCACAUUUGCUAAAAGGUAUGCCAGUAUUACAAGAAAAUUAUGCAUUUCAAUAUGAAACUAUCUUGAUUCCAAGUAAGUCAUGUGACAGUCUAUAUAUCUGAACAAAAACAUUUUUUUUUAUUAAUUUAAAGGUUUAAAUUAUUUUCAAAUCUUAAAAUACCUUUCUUGACGGAUUUACCCAGUUGUUCAUCCCUAGUUAACCACUCGAUAAAUCUUGUAAUUCAAGUUACUCUCGUAGUGGUGUGGGUAGAUUGUUAUAUCAGUUAAUUCACAUUUCACUAUUUCACAGAUUCAAUUUAAGAAUUGAAUUUCCAAAUUCUCAAAACGAGGAGGGACCAAAAUGUGUGUUCCAAAUGAUAGAAUGUUUUUAUGUACAAGGUGCAGUGAAUGGUUUUUGAAAAAUCACAUGUGUUUCUUCAUUUGAGAAGUAUCUUUCAGUAUAUUCAUUAUAUAAUAGAAGAUAUUUAGCUGUCGUUGACCAAUUUAACUUACCGGUAUUUAGCCAGCUACAAAUAGACCGUGCCCUCUCUGAUGCAUAUAUGUAAGUAAGCCUAUAAAGGUUAUUAAAUUCCCAUAGAAUGUUGAGUAGGUUCAGUGGUCUUGUGGAUAAUGGCACAUUUUGAGAUCACAUGAUACGCUUCCAGCUGGAUUCAAUCCCUAGCAGCUACCCUUUAUUUUCAUCCUCCAAAAUUGAAAAUUUUCUCAUUACUUUAGUUUGAAAUUGACUCCAACAUUUGAUUACAGAGUAUUACAUUUUCUUUUUCUGAUUUAUGGCUCUGGAGGAUUUAGUUUAAAGAUCAAUCACAUUGCUUUGACAUAAAAUGGUUAUGUAACAGGGAAUUGGUCAUUGCUACCCAUGUCGUAACUAGUAAGGCAGCUUCUUUUCACAUUUGUAAAAAAAAAAUGGUCAUUUUGGAGGUUCAGGACCACCGCAUUCUGCUCAGAGUAAAAAAAAAGUGUCAAUGAGGGCGGCAAACAAAUCUAGCAAUUUGAUGAUGUCAUAAUGCGGCUCUCGUUCCCCAGAGUUUCUUGACGUUGUGGCCAUAAUGGGGCACAAGAAGAGUGAAAAAACAGGUGAAGUAAGUUAGAGGUCAUUCUCGGCAAAUGACCACGGCCAUCUGCCUGAAAUGUAUCAGGACGUUACUCCGGUUCAACUUGGGAUGAUUCAACUUCAUCAUACAAUCCAGUGUUGAUCAGUAUUGUGGACAUAAAACCAAUUCCAAGCACUGGAUGCCACAAACAGUGGUACACUGUUUCAAAAAAAUGCUGGCUUGCCUCUGCUAUUGACGGUGACAAAAUGUUGGUAAUUCCCAGCAGCCUGGUCUUUUGUUAUGAGUACUGUCUUUUGUUACAAGGCCCAGUUCCCUUUGUUUGAUUUCAGACAGCCUGGCUGUGCAUAUAAAGAAUACAUGCCCCAAACCAAGCUCCCCAGCAGCAAAUGGUUAAAUUACAGUUAAGUGCGAGCAAGCACAGCGCUCAUGAAUGCGGGCGUGUUCGCUCGAAAUAAUGAAACGACAUUUGUUUUCUGUUUACCUGAUAUGAAGGACUUCAACUCAUGCUUUUGACGUCAGUAGCAAUCUUUACCCUCUAGAUUGUUUUAAAUAUAACUAGAUUUUAUAGAAAUUGAAAUUGUGAAUUACCAUUGUGAUUGAUCUUUAAGAGGAAAAAGUCUAAAAUUGCCAAAUGGUCUGAUUCCCACCUCAUGAAUACAAAGUCACAACGACUGUGUUGGUGAUUUGUUUCCCCCAACCCCCCAAAAAAGUGAGUACACAUGUGCCUCUGAAAAUAUUGUUUAGUGAAAUUUGUUGGUAACAGCUAAAUAUCCACUGCUUAUUUUUUCAUCCUUAUAUUAAUUUCCACAUUGCCAGUAAUUUCUUAAUGACUAAGAUAUGCAAUAUCACUAUUCUAGGUUUAUACCACUUUGGGUAAGCAACAUAUCCAGAGUUUCUUUUAAAAAGAAAUUUAAAAAUCUAAAGUAUCAGAGUUUAUUUCAUUUAGUGUAUGCUGUGUGUGGUGGAUUUUGUUUUGGUUUUCCUUUUUGCAAUUAUAAUUGAUAGGAAUUGAGCAUUUAUGGUUGUGGUGAGAUUGUAUGAGUGAAAAAAACCUGAAAAUGGUAAAUGCUGUACUCGGGAGGUAAAUUGUUGGGUUUUUAUUAUACCAAGGUGGUUGACGAUUUAUUACACAUCAGGGACUAUAAUAUUGACCAUAAGAUGUCCAUUCAUCUGAGAAAUGGCGGUGAAAAUAACAAAUUGGUGGAGCUCAUUACUUCAAAUAUUAUCAAACACUUCCUGUGUCAGUUGAUAAUCUGUAGCAUUGAAAUAUGUCAGUGUGUCCAGUGUUGGUUCUGUUUGGCUUAAAGAUGCUGUCUUGGUAUUGCCCAUCAAUUGCCAUCCUGGCAAAAAUUGUUGGAACAUGUGUCAAUAGCCAUAUCCUCCCAAGGUUCUCCACUCCCCUGGUCAAUGCUGUGAUCGAGAGCUGGAGCCUAGACUGUGCAUAUUGAGAGGGGUCCCAAUGAGAUUUGGCCAGGAUUGUAGGUAAAAACUGUCAAAAAGUGUGCUCAUCAAUUUUUCAGUCGUCUCACAAAGAGUUUAAAAAAGCUGAAUUGUUUUUGUUUAUAGUUGUGUCACAAUCACAGUUCCUUUACUAAUAACACCUACACUUGCCAAUCUAACUUGAUAAUGCAUCCAGAGACACUGCAGAUGCACACAGUCUCGUGCAAGUUACCUGUAACAGAUCUGUUCAACAGAUGUAUAAAGAGGUGUGCUGUACAGACCUUUCAAUAUUGUCUGAUAGUUCUAUGAUGUAUAUGAAUCAAUGGACAUUCCUUUUAGCUAGUUGUAGUCAAUAGUAGAGUUGAAAAUGUCGGUGAGGAAUGUAACAUGAAGGUUUGAGAAUUAACAGAUUAUAAAUGUACUUUAGUUUGGUGUUCAGUUGGCAAAUUAGAUUUUGUAAAGUAUUGCAGUUUUAUCAGUAGUAAAUACUGACGCACCAGGAAAUUUGUAGUUUCUUGUGUUGAAUAAUGUACUCCAUUAUUUUAUCCCAAGUUCAAAGGUAUCCCUAUCUUUUUGGCGUACUCUUUUGCAUUUACAAUCCCUGUGUAAAGACUGAAUUUGCUAGUGGAAUCAAUGACAUGAGUCAAAAUGACAUGAGUCAAAAUGACAUGAGUCAAAAUGACAUGAGUCAAAUCAAAUUAAAGAUGAAUAUAAAAACAAAUACAUAGAUGUGCUAUUGUUGAAUGUUGUGAUACCAGAAUAAGGUCACUUGGUUAUUGGGUUGAUACAUGUAUGCUAUAUUUUUUUUAUAAAUUAUUAUUACCGAAAAUGGGUCACAUGGAAGACAUUCCCA